ACAGCGCUGAAGCCCCGCUAUGAAUGAGGUCCACAGGAAUGCCUGUUAUUAAAAAAAGGUUUCACCUCUCAUAGAAGGACAUUUAGACCUUAGUAGGCGUUUUUAUCAUUACCCAGAGAUGGUAACUUUUCUGAGAAAGUGAAGCUGUUUUGUCCUAUGACCUGGAUAGUCCCUGACAGAUGUAAAGUACUCAUCUGUGUUAUAUCUGCUUGGCAGCACGGGCGAUAGAGGCUAAAACAGUUCAAAUAUAACACGAAGAUAGCCUGAAAUAGUUAAAUUUAUCAAAAGGAUACACUGCAACACUGACAGCAUGAAUAAGCGAGAGGGUGAAGGAUGUCCACGGAAAAAUGCUGAUACAGGGCAGGACCGUGAUGCAAGUACCAACCCAUCCUCCCCUGUCAUUGCUGCUUUCAAAGUUUUCCAGCAGGAGCUUGAUACCAAACACGACAAAUAUGAGCGUCUUGUUAAGAUCUCUCGAGACGUUACCAUUGAAAGCAAGAGGACCAUUUUUCUUUUGCAUAGAGUAACAAGUGUACCAGAUCCAGAGGACGUUCUGAAUGAAGCAGAUGUAAAACUGGAUGGAGUCAGGCAGAAAAUCGGUCAAAUUGCUGAAGAGCUUAGGGGAGAGGACAUCCAUCAGUUUCACAGAGCCUUCACUCCAGGGAUCCAGGAGUAUGUGGAGGCCAUCUCUUUCCUGCACUACAUCCGUCAUCGCAGCCUCAUCAGCCUGGAGGAGAUCAACGCCAGACUGGUGUUCAUGAGAGCGGAGAAGGGCGCAGCUGAAGCCCUGCCGCUGGGAGCUCAGGUCCUGACCUUCCAUGUGACGCCCUCAGACUAUCUGCUCGGCGUGGCCGACCUGACCGGAGAGCUGAUGCGGAUGUGCAUCAGCAGCGUGGGCAACGGCGACAUUGACACGCCCUUCCAGCUGAGCCAGUUCCUUCGGCAGAUCCACGACGGUUUCUCCUACAUCGGAAACACGGGCCCCUACGAGGUGUCCAAGAAGCUGCACACACUGCGACAGAGCCUGGGCAAAGUGGAGGACGCUUGCUACACCCUGCGUGUGCGCGGCUCAGAGAUCCCCAAGCACAUGUUGGCCGACGUGUUCUCCAGUAGAACCACACUCAUCGACCCAGAGGAAGGAGUAGUUUAGUCCUCCACUGCUUCAACAACAUUGUUUAUGUUCUCUGCGGUGUCAUUGUCUCCUUUAGUUUGGCUCCAGUUCUAUUGUUUGUAUGUAUUUUUAAUGGGAUUUGUCAGAUGUUUGAUAUGUUUCAUGACAUGCCUGCUAAUUUUGAUAUUAUUAUUACAAUAAAAACAAUUGUUUUUGUGUUGCAAUAGACAAUGGAUUUUUUUUUUUCUUUGAUAAAAAUCGGACGACAUCAGUUGUUUUGCAUGAAUAAAAGUUCAGUGCCAAAUAUGCCAUGAUCUC